AUGGCCACUGAUCCAUUUUACGAGACGAUAAAACCGACCGUGUAUCUCGCGAGAGCGUACGCACUUGUUCCGUUCUCACUGGAAUCUGGAACUCUUCAAUUGCUGAACUUGACGAUAACGACAGUCGUCACUAGUUACUACGUCUACGGAAUCACCGAAGUCUACUCGUCCAUGUACCACAACCCGAUCCUGCCAAAGUUCGAGAAAAUGAUGUUAAUACUGCAAGUGACUGCUACCAGUUCAGUCGCCAUUUCGUCAUGGCUCGUCAACCAUUUGUGGUACAAAGACAUCGUCUCGACUUUGAAAAAAUUGCUGAACGUAGAAAGUCUUUUAGUCUCGCAGGAUUUACAUGUCGAUGUAAAGUACCGUAGAAAACUGCAACUCCAGUUUAUCGUAACCAUAGCUUUCUUCUCGUUACAGAACGUCAUGGACAACUUUAUUCUCGGCGAGAAUAUAAUCGCGUUGUUUAUCAUCUACACGAUCGCGAUGUUGACUUUGAGUCAUUUUCUACUUCUGAUUUGCUUGUGUAGACGGUACUAUUCCUUCAUCAAUGACAAAAUCAAAACCCUCGGAGAACUUUCACCAGAAGGACUCGCCGACAUUUUUAAACUUUCAGAAGAAAUGAACUCCUGGGGGAGAAAGACUAUUCCUUUUCAGAACAGAAAUUCUUUCAAACACUCGUUGAAGACUGUAAUGGAAUGUCACAGUGAGUUAUUCAUCGUCUGCGGUUCCAUCAACAAAUAUUUUGGCCUGCAAAUAUUGCUGAAUGUGACGGCUAACAUGUUGAAUGUUACGAGUAUUUGCUACUACGUUCCCGCCAUCGUGAUUGACGAGUCGGACAAACCACAUCAUUACAUGAUCAUCAGCAUCAAGUCUGUGUCGUUCAUCGCUCUCUUCGCGUUCUCCCAACUUUGGAUCAUGGCGCAUAUCUGUUCUUCUACUUGCGAUGAGGCUAACAGCACUGGGAUUUUAGUACAUGGAAUCUCCAACCAACCAAAGUUCUCUUGUUUUUCAAUUGAGCUUGAUGCGUUCUACACUCAACUUCUCCACCAAAGAAUCAACUUCUCGGCACACGGCUUCUUCGCUAUAGACUUUACGUUGAUCAACACUGUUAUAGGAGUGGUGAUUACAUACAUUGUGAUCUUGAUUCAGUUCCAGAUGUCCAAUGAAACUCCAAAAUCAACAAAUUCAACAGCUGUUAAUAUGCUGAUGGAAAAUACCACUACUAAUAUGUUAUAA